CUUAAAUAAAGCUGCCAUGGGUGACAUCGACCACCAUCGUGGCUUUAGCGAAUGCAAGAAACAGCGCAAAUCGCGCCGUGUGAGACACAACAGCCAGAAACAAGCAAACCAGGCCCGAAAUAACAAUCACAAUUUCAACGACAAUGACAACCAUACCCACGGAUCCAAUAGUGACGACAACAGAAGCACCAGCAGCAGCAACAGCAACGGCACCAGUAAUGGCAACAACAAAGGCAGCCAUUAUAACAACAACAACUCUAGCCAACGCUGUUGGGACUGGAUGAUGGUAGGAGGCACAAACCAUUACGCCAAAAAUCGCUCCGCAUUCAUCACCUACCGCCGCGCGCCCUGCAAAGUCAACGGCCACACCCGCGUCCUAGGUGUCGGAACCGUCAAGCUAGACCUAGAGCGUAGUCCCCAGGAUCCCAGUACGUACACCCUACUGCUACACGAUGUGCUGCACAUCCCCGACGCCAUGUGUAACGGCAUUAGCAUCAACCCGGAUUUCAUGGGCGCGAGGAAUUAUGGGAUUUCAUGGCGAGAUAAGCGCAUAUAUGAUGCAGAUACUGAGGAGCCGUGUUGGUAUGCGACGGCAUUUCAUGAUGAUGGUUUGAUGAGGUGUGUUCUUGCGGGGGAUCCUCAGGGGCAGACGUUUUUGGAGAAGGAUGGGAGGUAUAUGUUGAGUGUUAAUGCGUCGGAGGAGGAGUUGGGGGUUUUGGGGAGAAGGGUUGAAAAUCGGAGUCUGUUAUGA